GGCUACCGGCGCAGGCCUGCCUCAACCAGCCCUCACGUGGCCGCAGGGGCCCAAUCACCGAGGCCCACGCUUUCCAGACGGCCGCAUGCGCUCAUAGAGCCAAAGCUUGCGCGGCGCCCCGCCCAGGCCGCAUGGUGCUUCCGCGUUAAUUCUCCCCUGAGGUCCCGGUCACCGGAGUUGCGGGUUCCUAGUAAGCGUUGUUUCCAAAGGCGGCCUCGGGAGCAUGCCCUGAUUGGCUCGCUCUGGAAGCGGGGACAGGACUCAUUUGAGUCUAGGACCACUUCCUGAGGCGCGAGGCAGGAAGUUAUCUGGUCUCUCUGGAGUCCUGUGGAGAAAGUGCUGUCUGCUGCAGUUGUGGCGGCGAGAACAGGAGGUGGGUCGGGAGACUGGCCAUUCGGUCUCGCCGCAGCCAAGGGCCCGUUUCCAUCGUAGCACCACGGCCCUCUUCUCCAGCCCCGAGCCCGGCGCGGCUGCCCGGGGGGCUCCUUCAGGCUCCUUGACGCUGGUCCAAGGGCCAUCUACCUGGGCAUCGCCUGGGCCUCCAGCCGGGGGACUGACUCCCGGCUUCAGCUCCCGGGGCCACUGUAAGAAGUUUCCUUAUCACCCCUCGCCCUGUCCUCCUCCUCCCUGAACCAUCGGGACCCUGGUCCAGAGCGAUAGCCUUGGACCUGGGACUAGGCGCUCCAAGACGCUCAGCCCCGGCACCCCACAGACGGGGCUCUGCAUCGUCUCUGAUAUGUCACCCACCAUCUCCCACAAGGACAACAGUCGGCAACGACGACCAGGGAAUUUCAGCCACUCUCUGGAUAUGAAGAGCGGUCCUCUGCCGCCAGGCGGCUGGGAUGACAGUCAUCAGGAAUUGGUGGGCGGGGAAGGGGACCGAGAAGCUUUUCUGCGGGAUACCGGCACGGGUGACUUCUCAAAACCCCCACGGAGCUGCCGGGCCGAAUUAAGCAGCAUUUUGCUGCUGCUUUUUCUUUACGUGCUUCAGGGCAUUCCACUGGGCCUGGCGGGAAGCAUCCCACUCAUUUUGCAGAGCAAAAACGUUAGCUAUACAGAUCAAGCUUUCUUCAGUUUCGUCUUUUGGCCUUUCAGCCUCAAACUGCUCUGGGCCCCGCUGGUUGAUGCAGUUUACUUUAGGAACUUCGGUCGUCGCAAAUCUUGGCUUGUCCCUACACAGUACAUACUGGGACUGUUCAUGAUCUAUUUAUCCACUCAAGUGGACCGUUUGCUCGGCAACACUGAUGGCAGAACGCCCGAUGUGGUCGCUCUCACUGUGACAUUCUUUUUGUUUGAAUUCCUGGCCGCCACUCAGGACAUCGCUGUGGAUGGCUGGGCGUUAACGAUGUUAUCCCGGGAAAACGUGGGUUAUGCUUCUACUUGCAAUUCAGUGGGCCAGACAGCGGGCUAUUUUUUGGGCAAUGUUUUGUUUUUGGCCCUUGAAUCUGCCGAUUUUUGUAACAAAUAUUUGCGAUUUCAGCCUCAACCCAGGGGAAUCGUUACUCUCUCAGAUUUCCUUUUUUUCUGGGGAACUGUAUUUUUUAUAACAACAACUCUAGUUGCCCUUCUGAAAAAAGAAAACAAAGAAGUAUCAGUAGGAAAAGAAGAAACCCAAGGAAUCACUGAUACUUACAAGUUGCUUUUUGCAAUUAUAAAAAUGCCAGCAGUUCUAACAUUUUGCCUUCUGAUUCUAACUGCAAAGAUUGGUUUUUCAGCAGCAGAUGCAGUAACAGGACUGAAAUUGGUAGAAGAAGGAGUACCCAAAGAACAUUUAGCCUUAUUGGCAGUUCCAAUGGUUCCUUUGCAGAUAAUAUUGCCUCUGAUUAUCAGCAAAUACACUGCAGGUCCCCAGCCACUAAACAUAUUUUACAAAGCCAUGCCCUACAGAUUGUUGCUUGGAUUAGAAUAUGCUCUGCUUGUUUGGUGGACUCCCAAAGUGGAACAUCAAGGAGGAUUCCCUAUAUAUUACUAUAUUAUAGUGCUGCUGAGUUAUGCGUUACAUCAGGUUACAUUGUACAGCAUGUAUGUUUCCAUAAUGGCUUUCAAUGCGAAGGUUAGUGAUCCACUUAUUGGAGGAACAUAUAUGACCCUUUUAAAUACUGUGUCCAAUCUGGGAGGAAACUGGCCUUCUACAGUAGCUCUUUGGCUAGUAGAUCCCCUCACAGUGAAAGAGUGUGUAGGAGCAUCAAACCAGAAUUGUCGAACACCUGAUGCUGUUGAGCUUUGCAAAAAGCUUGGUGGCUCAUGUGUUACGGCGCUGGAUGGUUAUUAUGUAGAAUCCAUCAUUUGUGUUUUUAUUGGAUUUGGUUGGUGGUUCUUUCUUGGUCCUAAAUUGAAAAAAUUACAGGAUGAAGGACCAUCUUCAUGGAAGUGCAAAAGAAGCAAUUAAUUUGCAUUCACUACUGGACAUUCUAGGAAGGUAACUGUAGUUUUAUUUUAAUUCAGACAGUUAUGAUAAUCAGUGCAUGGGAGUAUAAAAUAAAAUUUUAAACAAGGAAAUUAUUAAUAUAAAAUGCCAAAUGAUUAAAAAAUAGACUCUCUGUAUAGUUGAUUAUAUUUUCCUUGCCUUGUCAAUGUAUUUGAAGUUUACUUAAGGUCAGGAAAUUGGUUCUAAAACAAGUUUUCUGGCCUUGUUAUUUGAUUUAUAUCUUUUUAAUUUACUGACCAAAGUAUGUUUUAACCUGCAGUGCAGUAGUCAUGGGUGGUAACCAUCCAGUCAAGUAUUGUUAUCAGUACUUAUCAUUGAGCUGUAUUUAAAAUUCUGGUACAAUAUAUGAAAUGGAACAGAGUUUGAUAUUCAGGUACUAAUUACAGCCAGUCUGACCCUGUUGACAACUAAAUUUUAUUUUGAGUUGCAAAUUGGUUAAAUUCUAUGUGGAAUUUGCUGAGAAGAGAAUGCAGACUACUGAAAUGCCAUUUUAGUUGUUAUUUUUAUGACCAUAACCACAUUGUACUAAUGAAUCUGUGUUAAAAAGACUAUUUUAAAUGUAUUUCCUGCCUUUGUAAGCAUUACAGAUUUAUAUGAAGAUUAUUCAAACUAUUUUUUAUAAAAUGAAAGCUAACGAUUUUUAAUUUAAUGAUUCCCUGUCCCCCUUUUUGGGGGAGAUAUUCUGAUUCCUUGUUAACUUUUACCCUAAAGCUUGCAUAUGUUUUUGUCAUAAGUGCUUCAUGGCAUACAGACAGCUCGUGAAGGGAUCUAAUUUAGUGUUGUAUGUACGUUCAUGGCAAAGUUUUGAAAAUAAAAAAUGUUUUACUCAAAGCAGUUUUUUUUAUUACUGAGAGAGAAAAACAGUAAAGAUUUUCAAUUAAAUAAAAUCAAAAUGAAUAAUACUAUAAUUUUAAAGACUAAUGCUUAGAGAGAGAGAGAGACAAAGACAUUUUGUGCCUUUGACAAGUUAAAUUAUGUUGUGGAAGAAUGUUUCUUAAUUAAGCACUUUACUAGUGAGAAAAGAUCUCACAGUUACUUUAUAUAAAAUCAGGUACUGUAUUUCCACUUAUUAAAACACAACCUUCUGUUUGUAAACUAUAAUAUCUGCUGGAGGAUUGAUAUCCCAGGAAGGUUAAGCUUUGGAAUACGUUAACAAUUCCCAACAUAUUAUGUAUACCAAUAAUAAUGUUCUUUGCAUUUUUUGUGUCAUAUACUACUCUGACUCUUUAGACAUUAUGUAAAUCCUUCCAAAGAUAAAGAAAAAGAAAGAUUAAGUUGAGUCUGACUUAAUUUUAUCCUUGUGGGAAAACAUAUACUAAUUUUUAUUUUGUUAAUUUUAUAACAUAGGUUGAAUUUUAGAGUGGGGUUUUAUAUAAGUAAUGGAGGAUAAAAUGGGUGGGAGAAAAUGGCACUCAGCAUCUGAAGAAAGAUAGAGGCGGUUCUCUAGAACUCAUGCAUUGCCAUUGGAAAGCCUUUGUUGGGCAUCGAUGUCAGAUCCUGAAGAAUCACCUGGAAAAUCAUCCUAGAAACAAGGAAGCUACACCAAACUGUAGUCUACCAUACUUUGUCACAUGGGUUGUCCAUUAUCAUGUAUUAUAAUCAGAAUGUUUACUUGAAUAAAGGAAAAAACCCAUUUACUCUCAUA